GUUGCCGCGUUGAUACCAUUUCAUAAUGGAGUGACGCGUCUUGAACUACAGUUGCCACAGUUGCCAGAGGGCGAUAUAACCCAUUUCGUUUUGGAAUAUUAUUUUUAUUACUGACAUAAAGUGUGAAUCAGACAUAUAAUCUGACUGAAAGACAAAUAAUGCAUAAGAGACGGGGUCAGAACAAUUAAAUAUAAUUUAUCCUCGAGCAUUAAAGGAUUGACCGAUUGUUAACCUUAUGAUAAAUAAAUUAAACGUGAAUGCACAAUAAUGUUUAAAAUGAUGGGAUUAAGCGAUAUAAUACUAACAUAAACAUUGAUACAUUAUACGGUUGAAACGAGUUGAAUAGCUUUCUCUAUUGGAUUAUGUGUUGGUAUUGUAUUACAUUUUAUAUCGAGACGAAAAGUAAAAGUUGAGAACAUUUGCCAUUUGCCAUUUAAUUAAAAUUGAAAGGAGUGUACAUUUGUUCACCGUAUGAAUCGUUUGAAUAUUAAAAUUACUUUGAUAGAUUCUUUUAUUGUGGAUGUCUUUAUAUUUCAUCAUAAAAUUAAUUGAAUAAGUACACGACCUGCAAGUUCUUUAAUUUUCAACAUGUCGAAUAUUACAAGUGCAACCCUGAUAUUAGGUGGAUUACUGAACUCCACUCAAGUCUACAUUAACAUCAAUACAGAAGAAAUUAUCAAAAACGCGACAACAGCGGACUAUUUUGAUAAUGAAACGGCUACGACACCUGUUCAGAGUUUCAGUCAGUUGAAAACAAGUGAUAUAAUAACGUUACCUCUCUACGCACUUAUCUUUAUUUUUGCAGUGGCAGGCAACAUGCUUAUGAUUAUCAUCUUAAUACAGAACAAAAUGAUGCGGACUGUGACGAACGUGUUUCUACUGAAUCUGGCAGUCAGCGACCUGCUUCUUGCCAUUUUCUGUAUGCCUUUCACUAUCAUACCUAUCAUGCUUCGCAAUUUUGUCUUCGGGGAAGUCAUGUGCAUAUCUAUACGAUAUUUACAAGGUGUAUCGGUAACCGUGAGCUGCUUCACACUUGUGGCCAUCUCUCUGGAACGCUACUUCGCCAUAUGCCAGCCGCUUCAUUCUCGGAGCUGGCAGACCCUGAAACACUCGUAUAAGACAAUCCUGGUGUGCUGGGUUGCUGCCUUCUGUGUGUGCAUCCCCAUUGCUGUGUUCACCAAGCACAAGCAGACACCGUCUGGAAACUACACGUGCCGUGAGAAAUGGGACAACCCGACCCUUCACAAGGCUUAUACCCUGUUCUUGGACUUCGUCCUUUUAUUGGCCCCCACUCUAAUCAUGAGCAUAUCGUAUGGUCGCAUUUGUUACACCCUUUGGAGCGGUAUGAAAAUGGAUAAGAAAGUAGUGGAGGAGCAGAACGGAAAUGGGGCAAUUUAUCACAAGUCAAGUAUAUGCACAUCCAAAGACGGCUUUGGGAGAAGUAUCACCCCAAGUGAAAUGGUAGAGCUGACAAACAAGCGAAAGCGCUCGACAAAGAUCAGCUUCAAUGCACGGGGCAUCAGGCAGUCUAAUAGCGAGAAAAGCCGCGUGUCGAAGAAGCGCGUUAUCAAAAUGUUGUUCGCUGUCGUGCUAGAGUACUUUAUAUGCUGGACACCGUUGUUUGUUGUCCAAACCUGGAUGACAAUGGAUCAAGAUCACGCUGUGCAGCACAUAUCUAACUUAACGCACACAACUAUAUUUCUUCUUUGCUAUGUUUCCUCGUGCUGUAAUCCGAUAACCUACUGUUUUAUCAACAAAAACUUUCGCGAUGGCUUCAAAUCGGUAUUUCGCUGCAAUCGAUGCAAGCAGCCUAUUCGUGCCAGACAAGAAAGGCCAUCUUAUUACCAUUACAGUUCCUCUCGCACGGGCGUUAGUCAUAUGUCAACAUUCGACAAAGCUAACGGCAAGGAAGACUGCAAGGAAGACUGCAAGGAAGACUCCGAUGAACUGUGACUAAAAUAAAGAAGCACAACCAAUGUUAUACUAGUUUGUUUUGAUAUAAAGGUAAACGUAUCAAAUUCUUGAUGCACCUAUACUAGGAUAUGUAUAGUCUGUUCCAAAAAUGUUCAUGUAGUAUUUGAUUUUGUAUUGUUAUUAUUAUUAAUGCUGGAUAGUUGCAAUCCCAUCCUUAAGUUGUAGAACAUGUGUACAAGUUUUAGCCUUGUGAGAUUAUAUGGUAUCAUUUUAAAUAGACUAAAUUGGUUCUUGUAAAGAAUGCCUGUGUUUACUAUGUCGUAGUUCGUUUAUGGUGUAUACCAUUGAUAACUAAACUUUGUAUAUUAAAGUUUCAAUUAUAAUUAAAUUAGUUUAUAGACUCGU